GCCGCCCCUCAUGGCCGGGAGGCGACGGAAGGGGCGGGCAGGGAAAGAAGAGGAAGAAACCGCGUGGGGCAGCCAUGGGUCGGAAGAAAAAGAAGAAGAAGGGGCCCGGGGGAGCGGCUUCACGGCUGGUGGUGACUUUUGAUGAGGAGAAACGGAGGGAGUACCUGACCGGCUUCCACAAACGGAAGGUGGAGAGGAGGAAGGUGGCCCUGGAGGAGAUCAAGAGGAAGCUGAAGGAGGAGCAGAGGAAGAUGAAGGAGGAGCGGCACAAGGAGUACCUGAAGAUGCUGAGCGAGAGGGAGGAGGCGCUGGAAGAGUAUGAUGAGCUGGAGCACUUGGUAACCUCACGGACGGAGUCAGUGAACAUCGACCACCCAAACCACAUCGUAACGGUGACCACCAUCAGUGACCUGGACCUCUCAGGUGCACGCCAGCUGGGACUGACCACCCCUGAGGGAAAAAAUGAUGGUUCAGGAGAAGAGAAGGGAGAAGAAGUAGUGAAAAAGCCUACAAUAACAGUGCCCAAGAAGUCCAGAAACCCCCUCCUUUCUGAAAAGAUCUCUGCUCUUACCGCCACGUUGCACAUGCACAGCAAGAAAAAAACAAAAGGAAAGCGACCCCAGCGCGGGCAGGGCCCACACCAGAAAAUCCAGAAACCCGCCAUGAGGCGAACCACCAAGACUCAGCGACGGAGGCUGACGGGCAAAAUGGGCCGCGACCAGGAUUAACGGAGAACCUGGUGCUCAGAGCAGCAGCUGGGACAGUUUUCUGCAUCUGACCUGCUGCUCUUUUUGGCUUCUUCACCAUGGGGAAGGACCUUGGUUGCUCAGCUCGGACCAGCAGUGAGCCCAGUGCAGCCCUUCUCUCACCUGAGUGCUGGCCUGGGGCGCUAGAUGCUUUACCUAUUUAUUUCUGCGGCGUCUCCAACUAAAUAUCUGCCCUGAAGUCUGUAAAAAACUUGUGUUGGAGGUCAGAUUCUCUGUUUGGCAGAACCCUUCUGUCCUCGAGCCUCCCCUUCCAGAGCUGAUGCUUGGUUUUUAUCAAAGGAGGGGAUCUAGCGCUGAGCGCAGCAGGCACACCACCAGGGCAGCUUGUGAAACUGGGAGGUUUUCCCACUCAGAAAACUGGGAGUUUUCCCACUCAAGCACCAGUGCCUCGGUGUUUCUGCUGUACAGUAAAUCCUUCUUCCAUGAAGACGUGGAA